UCUAUCUCGCUCUCUCUCUCUCUAAGUCUCUGUUGAUCUCCCCGUUCCGGUAUUAGUUUCCUGGGUGACGAAUGAAGGCCGCCGGAGCCAGCGCGCCGCCCAGCCACCAAGGGAAACUCGAACGUCCCUAGACUCGACCUCGCUCCCGAAUUCGACGGAUCCACUGCAACGAGUUUUGGUUAAGGUUGAGUGAUUUCAUGGUUGCUUUGUGUUCGGAGAGUCCCCUGUUUGUGCAAUCGUGAGUGGAGGAGGGGAUGGACGUAAAAUGUGGGUUGGCGUUCUGAUGUAUCGGGAGUAAGAUUGUAAAUGGCAAAUCGAAUGCUAAAUGGGGGAACCAAAAAGGCACAGAAUACUCAUGGUCUCUGAUUUUUUCUAUCCCAACUUUGGUGGUGUGGAGAAUCACAUAUACUAUCUGUCACAAUGCCUACUGAAGCUUGGCCACAAGGUGGUAGUUAUGACUCACGCCUAUGGAAAUCGUUCUGGGGUGAGAUAUAUGACUGGUGGCCUGAAAGUAUACUAUGUACCAUGGAAACCAUUUCUUAUGCAGAAUACAUUACCGACCUUCUAUGGGACACUUCCAAUUAUAAGGACUAUCCUUAUUCGAGAAAAAAUAUCACUAGUUCAUGGACAUCAAGCCUUUUCAACUCUUUGUCAUGAAGCUUUGAUGCAUUCUCGCACCAUGGGCUGCAGGGUUGUAUUUACUGAUCAUUCACUCUAUGGUUUUGGUGAUGUUGGAAGCAUCCACAUGAACAAGGUAUUGCAGUUUACUUUAGCAGAUGUAAGUCAGGCCAUUUGUGUUUCUCAUACAAGCAAAGAAAACACUGUGCUACGUUCAGGUCUACCACCAGAAAAGGUCUUUGUUAUACCUAAUGCUGUUGACACUGCUAUGUUCAAGCCUGCCCUGGAGCGGCCUAGUGAUAACGAAAUUGUUAUAGUUGUGAUUAGUAGAUUGGUUUAUCGGAAGGGUGCUGAUUUGCUUGUUGAAGUCAUUCCAGAAGUUUGCCGUUUAUAUCCUAAUGUCCGUUUCAUUGUUGGAGGAGAUGGACCCAAAAGGGUGCGGUUAGAACAGAUGAGAGAGAAGCAUUCUCUUCAAGAUCGAGUUGAAAUGUUGGGUGCUGUACCCCAUGCUCAAGUACGGUCUGUCUUGAUUUCUGGCCAUAUAUUCUUAAACAGUUCUUUAACAGAAGCUUUUUGCAUAGCCAUAUUAGAAGCUGCUAGUUGUGGAUUAUUAACAGUUAGCACACGUGUCGGAGGGGUUCCAGAGGUUCUACCGGAUGACAUGGUUGUGCUUGCAGAGCCAGAUCCUAGUGAUAUGGUACUAGCAAUCAAGAAGGCGAUAUCUAUACUUCCCACGAUUGACCCACAAGUAAUGCACAAUCGUAUGAAGAAGCUCUAUAAUUGGCAUGAUGUUGCGAAACGGACAGAGAUUGUCUAUGACCGUGCCCUGAAAUGCUCAAAUCAAAGUCUUCUAGAACGGCUCUCACGGUACCUCUCAUGUGGAGCUUGGGCAGGCAAGCUGUUUUGCAUGGUUGUGGUGAUUGAUUUUUUAUUAUUCCGAUUACUGCAACUAUGGCAGCCUGCAGAGGAUAUCGAGGUGGUACCUGAUAUUCUUCUGUCCCAAGAUGAAGAUAAGAGGGAUGCUGCCAAACUUGAGUCUUCAACAAUGACCAAUGCUUGAAAUGCUUUUAUUUUGAGAUGUUUGGUUGUUUUGCAUUCCUGUACUGAUAAGGUGAUUUGGUAUCAAAGUAUAAACUCCAUCCUGCAUGUAAUUAAUACUAACCCAGAUUUCUAACCACCAAAUUGAAAAGAUGAUUGUUUUUUUAUCAUAUUAUUUUGCACUAGAGAUUGAUAUUGACCUCUACUUGGAUAAGAGGGUGGUGAUUGGAAGUUGUACAGUCA